GGAAACACCAUUAACUUAUAUGAGCUAGGGCCAGGCCUACCUUCCACAUUUCCAGCUCUUUUAAUGCAUCGGCGAUUUCCCCUCCUUCCUCGCCACUGCCAGCAUUAAGCUGAAGAAAACAAUGCAGGCCUGUUAUCAUCGUUGAACGUGUUAACAAUGUUUUUUUAGCCAGCAAUACAAUACGUAUGUUCCACCAGAAGACGUCUUUCGUCGUGUUUACCGUGAAGUGGUUCAUCGUGUUCGUCGAUCAAAGAGAUCUUACUGUGAUCAAAAACAAGUGUCAGAAUUGUGUUUUAUUCAAAUAGGUUAUAAGUGCACCAAUUAAGAACACGACAAGAAUAGUUUACAAAUCGGUUAAGAUUACUUACCGAGUAGGCUCGUUGUUUUAGUCAAUAUAAUAGGGGGCGGAGAGUAGGCAUUGCCUGGAACAGAAAACGAAACAGAAAGCGAACCCAAGGGGUGUUCCAACCCAUUGGCAAAACAAAACUCAGAUUAAAGUACGACGCUGUGUUUUCUGAACGAUGAGGAAUGGCAGGGAAAAAUCUUAUUUUGGAGGGUCUAACUGUCGAUUUGGACGACCAAAUCAAAUCAAAGUUGGCAUUGUACUUCAAAAACAAGAGGCGAUCUGGAGGCGAGAUAUCAGAACUGCGUGCAGAUCCGACUGAUGAAAGAAGAGUUGUACUUGUCUAUGUCGACGACAAAGAUCGAAAUGAAGUUUUGUCGAGAAAGACUCAUCAAGUUGAUCUCAAAGGGUCACUGGGGGUAGUAACACUGCACGUUACACUGCCACAGGAUGUCAAGCCAGAGCCUGUGUUAUCUUCUGAAGAAGACUUCGUCUGCAAUGACGAGGCAAAGGAAGACGCGGCACUACUGCGUGUCACCAGUGAGCGACGCCGGGAGUCCCUCGAGAUGUUCUUUGAACAGUGUAUCAAAGAUCCUAUUCUUAGAAAACAUGGGAAAAACACAUGGAUCCUACAAAUGUCAAAUAAAUCAGACAUGGAAAGUGUGUGUGCCAGCAAUCCGCAGCAGUAUGGCAUAUCGGUGGAUGUGUACGAAGGAAAGGAGGAGGAAGACUUGGUGGACAGACGACGGUAUGUCCUCAGCGGCUUGGACGACUGCUGCCCCUCCGACACCAUCUCCAUGUACAUCCACAGCUGCAGCCAACGGGCGGAGCACAGCUGGGAGGCUGUGGGUGGAGACAGCAUCGUGGUGACCUUCAAAGAGGACAUAGAUGGGUGCCAAUUCAUGACAAAAUGUUUCACCAAGAGGUUUAACAACAAAAAGAUUGAGGCCUGUCGUUUGGAACUGACCAAAUCUGUUAUUGUACAAGGAGACAUGAGUCAAAUUUCUGAAGAAUUCCUUACACUGUAUUUCUCCAACAAAAUGAGGAGUGGAGGGGACAUAAUUAAAUUUUGUGUCCAUGUCAACCAAAACAAAAGCAUUGUAAUUACCUUUGAAGACUGGAAGGUUGCUCAGAGGGUGGCUGAACGCAAACACACUGUGAUGGAAAAAGUGCUUGUUGCACAACUCUUCUACCCUGACCUCCAGUGGGUUUUGACAGGACAAACACACCUCCAGGACAAUUUCUCAACUGAUAUUGCCAUCCCAGUCACACCUGACCUCCUGAGUUUUAUCAAUCGCAAUGAGAUCUUUCGAGAGGAGCUCACAUCUGCGCUUCAAAGGGUCCAGGCAAUAGUUUCCUUCAACAUUAUCUCCAAACACCCACAAUUAGAGCUGAAGAUGUCAAUGAACAAGUAUUCCCUCGGUCAUUUCCGGCAUGGCCCCUCCUGGGAGACUAAUGCUCGAAGAGAGGUUCAGACUCACUUGGAGAAGUACAUUGUGGAGCACAUCCCAAUGAAGGCUGAGGUCUGGCAGAGAGUUAAGGGUAGUUGUCCCGAAGUCAAUGUGGCUACCGCCCUCAUCUCCUUUAAAAUCUGCUCCUCAGAGUUAUUGGUUGUCGGGAGAUGGGAGGAAGUAGAGACACUUGUGAAGGAGAUCAAGAGCAAGAUGGAAAAGGCCAGUGAUGAGCUCCAUGUAGUGAAAAACACCAUAGAGAAAGAGAUCCAAUUCGACUCCAAAGAAAUGUUAGACCUCACGUUGGAUCUUAUUAGGGAUGAAUUGGUAAAUGUGGACCUAUCCAAAAAUAAUGAACACUUUACCAUACAUCUUAAGGGGCUCAGUGAAAAGGUGGAAAUGGCAGAAACCCUAAUCCAAAAAGUCCAAGAUACUUUGACUUCCAAAAAGCUUGAUUCUUCCCAAAACCUUGGAAAGUUUUUGCAGUCCCUUGACUUAACGAAGUUCCAAAACGAUCACUUUUCUCUUGACAACAUUGUCGCUGUUGUGAUCUGUGGCAAGGAGUCUGUCACAGUUCUCGCUAAGAAGGGAGACAUUAUCAGGGCUGAAAAUAAACUGAAGGAGGUAAUCAAGCAAGAAGCUCUUUCUAUUUCCGGGGAGUACAACAAGGAAAAAUUUGGUGAGCAAUGGAAAACCUUUAAUGCGGAACUCAAAAAGGAACUUGACGCUACUCAGAACUCUCAAAAUGUUCUCAUUGAGUUUUCAGAGGACAAAAUUAAAUUAUGUGGAUUCCGUUCUGUGGUCGACAUUGUCAUUGCCAAGGUUAAGGGUUGUCUUGAGAACAAGAAAGUAGUGACAAAAGACAUCCAUCUGAAAACGCUGCAGGAGGUUGAAUUUGUUGAGUCUUUCAUGAAUCUCCCAGCGGAUCCUCAGCUCAAAGCCUUGGGGGUCACCGUUUUGCCCUGCCGAUCUCCACAAUCUCCAUAUCUCAAAGUCACAGCUACAAGUGAUCAUAUCAAAGAGGCCAUACAUGUGGUGAAAAGUCACAUCAAAACAAUAGCAACCAGAAAGUACAUGUACUCAAAAGCUGGUGAGGCAAAGAUCCUGAAAGAUAAUAUCUCUUUACUCAAGAUGCAGGCGAAAGGCUUGUGCUGCAAUCUCAAACUAUCAGAACAAAAUAUCCCUCAGCGGUUCAGCUAUUAUCUUAAGGGCGGUGUGACAUUGACACUUUCUCAGGGUAAUAUUGCCAAACAGACUUCAGACAUUUUAAUUUGUCCACUAGUCAACACGUCCUUCAACAAUCCUGUUGCACAGCAAUUUCUGAAAAAUGGAGGACCUGAGAUUAAAAAUGCUAUCGUUCGACUUGAAAGGUUGAAGCAGAGUUUUGUCACGGGAGAUGUGAUCAUGACCAUUGUGGGCACUCUAAAGUCCAAAAGGCUCAUAUAUGCAGCAAUCCCAGUUUGGGGAAAAAGCUAUUCAGAUCUGAACUCCACACACCUUGUGACAGCAGUCUUGCAAAGUCUUUUGAAGGGUGCCAACCACCAGUGUGGCUCUUUGGGCAUGCCAGCACUAGGAUGUGGAACUUUUGGAUGUCCAGUAAAAGACAGCUGUGAAGCAAUAAUGAAGGGAAUAAGUGGCUUCAUUGGUUUGGGUUGUGGAUCAAUGACCACCAUUCAUCUGACUGAGUCUGAUCCCAAAACAGUUGAAGGAUUUAAAUCUGCCCUUGAAAGCUUGGGUUACCAUCCAACAGAUCCCACCAAAACCAAGAUACCACUCAUUCCUUCCUCACCUGGUACCUCCCAAACUGUAGCCCUUCCACCUCUACAAGUGUCAAACACAAUAGUGAUUGGAAGAGUCUCUGUGAUCUUGAAGAAGGCAGACAUCACUAAGGAAAAUGUAGAUGUCAUCGUGAAUUCAAGCAACCAGAAUCUAGAUCUGAACACUGGUGUGUCUGGGGACAUCCUUAAGGCAGCUGGACAAUCUUUGGUGGAUGAAUGCAAAAUACAUGGUCCCCAGGCUGUUGGCAAUGUUGUGCUCACAGGUGGUGGAAACCUGAACUGUGAACAUAUCGCUCAUAUUGCUGCACCUCAAAAGAUAACUGCAUCUAUACUGCAGGUCCUUCAGCUGUGUGAAAGCAAGAAAGCUGCCACUGUGUCUGUUCCUACCAUUGGCACAGGAAAAGGUGGCUGUCUCCCUGAGGAUUCUGCGAAGGCCAUUCUACAGGGUUUGAGACAACAUAUAUUUUGCACUCCCUUAUCCAGCCUUAAAACGAUCUUUGUAGUGGCCUAUGAAGACCGGACUUAUGAAAGCAUAAAGAAGUAUUUCAACAAGCCGAGAUAUAGUAAAACCUUCAGGGACGGCAUACAAAUGAUGGCUGUACCGGUUGCACUACCUCUGAAUCAAGUUAAGAUCAAGAGUGCCUUGAUUGAACUGAAGCAAGGAAACAUAACUGCAGAAACUGUGAAAGCCAUUGUCAACAGUACAAAUGAGGAUGUGAACUUAAAAAAUGGUGUGUCUGGGGCCAUUUUGAAUGCUGCUGGAUCUGCAGUUGAAGUUGAGUGUGUCAAAAUUCGACCCCUGAGGGGCAACGAUGCAGGAGUGACCAGCGGAGGAAGCCUGCUGUGUGACUUCAUCAUCCACAUAGUAGGCCCGAAAAGUUUGGAGCAGGCUGUUGAGCGUGUGAAGAAUGUGCUGAAGCACUGUGAGGAUAAAAAUAUCCCCUCCGUGUCAUUCCCUGCCAUUGGAACUGGCGGUGGUGGAAUGAAAUUCAAAGAAUCUGUUGCCGCCCUGCUGUCUGGCAUAGAAGACCAUUUUUCAGAGCAUAAAUUCAGUGCUCUGAAGCAGAUCUUCCUAGUGGUUGACCAGGUCAAGGCCAUGAAAGAGUGUCAGCAGGUCCUCCUUUCCUGGACACAGGUGACACAAGAUCUGUGUGAUGAUGACGACAGCAGUAAUGACUCUUCCGGUGACGAUGAUAAUUCAGGAGCGACCACUGCUGAAAUGUUCAUUGGGCGGGUGAAAGUGAAACUGUUUUGUGGUGACAUAACAAAGGAAAAAACGGAUGCUAUCGUCAGUAGUACCAACGCUAGCCUGAAUCUAAAUUCAGGUGUGUCAGGAGCUAUUCUCAACGCAGCUGGACAAGCAGUGGUUGAUGAAUGCAACAAUUUAGGUAAUCAACCUGGUGAUGGUGUGGUCAUCACCAAACCUGGCAACCUUACAGCAAAACACAUCAUUCACAUGGUAGGCCAGACCAAGGUGAAAGACAUUAUCAGCUCCAUGCUCAAGGUCUUCAAGAUGUGCGAGGACCAUAAAAUCCACUCGGUUUCCUUUCCAGCACUUAGCACAGGUGCUGGAAAACUGUGUGCUGUGGAUGUUGGCAAUGCAAUGGUCACUGCAGUAGAAGAACACAUAAAAAUGACCAAAACACCGUCCCUUAAGGAUGUCCAUAUAGUGAUUUUCCAAACCAACAUGUUCCAGGAUUUUCGGAAGAGCUUGAAGAAAUGUAAGAUAGUGACACCAACGGUUAAAAGAGUGACAGCACAGGUAAAAAUAAGUGCCCCCCAGGGAGGAGCUGUGGCUCCUACCCAGCAGCCUUCCAUGUGUCUGGCAGGUGCCUGCGGGGAUGUGUCCUUCCCCAAAGUGAAGGUUGAGGUUCUUGGCUGCUGUUCGAGUGACCUGGCAAACGUCAAAAAACUUGUGGAUGAUUUGGUGACGAAAGAGUGGAAGCUGCACCACAUCAGCUCCCCCUACCUGGCCCUUCUCUUCCCCUCAGAGAAACAGGCCAUCGUGGCUCUCAGCCGGAGCCUCCAGGUGUGCGUCAGUGUGUCGGCCCCGGACAAGGCGACCAUGUCUGGGAAGGAGGCCGACGUCCUGACCAUGGUUCUCCAUAUCGAGAAGGAUCUGCAAAAGGCCAAGGAGCGUGCGACCCGGCAGGAAGAAGAGAAGAGGCUGUGGAAAACGGUGCGCUGGGAGGUCUGCGACAGGGAGGCCUGGGCAGAACUGGACCAAUCUGUCAGUUUAGAUCUUGAGCACGCCUUGCAUAAGAAAGUGCCGAGCAUCAGCUACACCCUGCAGAACCAGACCUACACUGUGAACCUGGAGAAGAUGGAGCAGACCGACAGGAAUGGAACCAUUGCUAGAAUAAAGAGGACCCUCAAGGCUGGUUCUGAAAUAGCUGUCAUAGAGCCACCAAGGAAUUGGGACAGGAUGGAUUACAAAACUCUGGAAAUAGUGGAUCUGCCUCCAACCUCCGAACAGUACAAACGGGUUCAGGCAAAUUUCCUGCAAACAUCCAAAGAUCCCAAUAAGGCCACCUCUGCAACAUUUACAGUUGUCAAGAUCCAGAGGAUUCAGAGCAAAGACCAAUGGCAGAGAUACGCUGUGAAAAAACAGAUGCUUGAUAAGAAAUAUCCCCAGAACACGAAUGAGAUGGACCUUUACCACGGCACUACAGCUGUGAUCUGCCUUAAGGUCAACAGCAAUGGCUUCAACAGAAGCUUCUGUGGAAGAAACGCUACUGUUUACGGCAACGGAACCUAUUUUGCCAAGCAAUCCUGGUACUCAUGCAACGACACAUACUCUAACCCAGACGCCCAGGGGCUGAAGUACAUGUACCAGGCUCGGGUGCUGGUGGGGAAGCCCUGCCUGGGGACUCCUGGCAUGGUGGAGCCAGCCCCCCUGGACCCCAGUAACCCCUACUCCGGCCUCCACGACUGUGCAGUAGAUAACGUCCAGAACCCCUUCAUUUAUGUGGUGUUCAGCGAUGCAGGGGUAUACCCCGAUUACCUCAUCAGCUUCAAGGCUUCUUGAAGCUGCACUCCACCACGCAUUCUUUUAAAGGAUUUGUAUAAUAACUCAAAUAUCAUUCGAAUGGACUGCCAUAUUCAAGCUCUUCCCUUUUCAGAUUUUAGAUAAGUAAAACAAUCAUGGGAGAAUUAUUUUUUCAGGGAUUGCUUUGUCAAUAUUUUUUUAUAUAUUCUCCCUUUUAUAUAAUCCAAUUGAUGAUUCAAAUUAUUUAAAAAGACUGUCCUACUGAAUUUGUUCUGUUGACUAUCAGAAACUCUUCUUUAAAAGGAAUGUGUUGAUCCUGUUGUUUUAAUGUGAAACAAUCCAAGGUCAAUAUAUAUAGCGAGUUAAAUCACAAUUAGCCACAUUUAUUAUAAUAUAAUUUUAUUUUUCUGCGAAAAACUUUUGCAAUAAAUCAUGUUGCACCUGGAAUCAUAUCUAAACAAUGUCCAAAUAAUGCAUUUAACUAUAAAUGCGUCGUUCUUAAAAUAUAAUGAGUCCCCCAUGGUUCAUAUGUUCAACAAAACUUUUCUAGACAAGAAAUCACCUCAAAUCAACCUAUAAAAAUGUGUGUGGUGUAAAUGCUCAAAUUGUAUGAUCAAAAUGUAUGAGGACAAAAGUUUGUUGAUAAAUAAUGAAUAAUUAACCUCAAGGAAACUUAAGGAGCUAGUGAACCCAAACCGUUUAGUUUAUUUUGACGUCAUUCGCAAUGUAAUUUAAAAGCACUACGCUACCCAAAAUCCUAAAAUGUAACACAGCGUCUUUGAUUGGUGGAAUUCGCUGUUACUAUGGAAACCUUUACCGCGCCCUCAGUAGUCAAGUCGUCGAUUGCUACAACCACUGGCUCCUUCGUUUACCACAGAGCAACCAGGAUUUCCCUUUCUGACAUGAUGCGGUUUUUAGAGAUGAGGACAAGAUCUCUCCAAGGGGGUGAAAAUCAUUUAGUGUUUCAUAUAGUGUAGUGUUGUCAUCGACGUGGCAAUUUGAGAGUCUGUUGGGGCGCCCCUCAAAGCAACGUUCAUCCCCAUUAUGUAAGGGAUAAUGUGUAGAACGCCAGUCAUUAUCGGGAAAAUAAGCCCCGACAGGGCACAGGACACCGACGCGAAGCAGAGGUGUCUUGCCUCGCCCUGAAGCGCUCUACACAAUAUCCCGCUUAUUACAUGGCUACUUGCCAAAACUAAAAAAUAACUUCACACAGUGUGUCUUUUUGCAAUUACCAUUCGUAUGGUUGAUCCGCAGAGAAAUAGUCUGCAUAAGACGUUGACGUCGCUAAGCAACCGAAUACGCUGGGAUUGAUAAGUUACCGGACUACUUGUGGAGUGAUACCAAAGACGUGAAUCAGAGGUAAAAAAUGAAUUUUCCUUGACAGCGUUCAUUAUAUGCUUAGCAACGGUCAAUUAUCGAAAAAUAAUUCACUGCCGGAAGUCGGGAAGGCCCAUGCAAGUGAACGGAACGAUCCACAGCAUUGAGGAGAGCCGUGUAAUAAGUUAUAAAUAACGGACCAAAACAGUAUUAAGGUCAGUGUUCAUCCAUUUUAAAGCAUUUACAUUGCAAUUACUGUUUUAAAUGCCAUGGCUAGGGCAAAUGCUGCUAUGUACUCACAUCAAAAGACAUUGAAUAUUGCCCUCCACUGAAAAAGAGUCUGUUUCCACAUUCAUUUGUUAGCACUACAGUAUAUUAAUACAAAUAUAGAAAAUACAAUUUAAAAAAUAGAUGUAAACAUAGUAGAAAAUGCACACCUACAGGUGUGAAGUUACUUGAUAUUAAUUAUCUCAAAUUAGUUAUAGUAAUUGAGUACUUUUGAAUAGUUACCUUACGUAAUUAAACCCAUAUUACAACUCCAGUGCUCAUCAAAACCCUUAAUGGUGCUACAUAUGAUAUUUGGAACAUUAAUAUAACAGCAAUCAAAUUAGAAAUGCUGUUUACUGGCCUUUGCUAGGGAAAAUGCUUUCCCCAGCUCGGGUGCCCACAUUUUUUCGGUUGUGAGCUACUAUCAAAAUGACCAGGUCAAAAUGAUCCACCUACAUUAAAGCUUAUGCUAUUAAAUGCUAAACAUGAAUUUUUUUAUGUUACCUGUUGCCUGUCUUCCAAGUGCCUCGUGGCACAUAGGGCCUUUUCAGAACCUUUCCAUUUCUCUCGGUCCACUGCUGCAUCUCACACCUCAUCCCAUGAGCCCAAGCCACCAUUGCCUCCUCUCUUUCUCCACGGUCCUUCUCCACGAUGUCCUAGGUCUUCCCCUCCUUCUUUUCCCUUCCAGUGCCCACGUCAUU